CCGCUGCGCUGACGGAAGGCCGUUUGUGACACUGACGAGUGUAGCAGGCCCGGCGGCGGGGAUGCGCGUGCCUCGGGCGGAGUGAGCGGCCCGCGGGGCGGCCAUGGCGACGGCGGGGGGUUCGGGCGGGCCCCCGGAGGCGGCGCCCGCGGCGCUGCAGCGGGAGCCCGUGUAUAACUGGCAGGCCACCAAGGGCUCCCUGCAGGAGCGCUUCGCCUUCCUCUUCACCAACGAGCUGCUCAGCGACGUGCGCUUCGUGGUGGGCAAGGGCGGCCCGCGGCAGCCCGGCGGCGGGGGGCCCCCUGGGCCCGGCCAGCAGCGCAUCCCCGCCCACCGCUUCUUGCUGGCCGCCGGCAGCGCCGUCUUCGACGCCAUGUUCAACGGGGGCAUGGCCACCACCUCGGCCGAGAUCGAGCUGCCCGACGUAGAGCCCGCCGCCUUCCUGGCGCUGCUCAGGUUUCUUUAUUCAGAUGAAGUUCAGAUUGGUCCUGAAACAGUUAUGACUACUCUCUACACUGCCAAGAAGUAUGCAGUCCCAGCCUUGGAAGCACAUUGUGUGGAAUUUCUCACUAAACACCUUAGAGCAGAUAAUGCCUUUAUGCUUCUUACCCAGGCUCGAUUAUUUGAUGAACCUCAGCUUGCUAGUCUUUGUCUUGACACUAUAGACAAAAGUACAAUGGAUGCAAUAAGUGCAGAAGGUUUUACUGAUAUUGACAUAGACACACUGUGUGCAGUACUAGAAAGAGACACACUUAGUAUUCGAGAAAGUAGACUCUUUGGAGCUGUUGUUCGCUGGGCAGAAGCAGAGUGUCAAAGACAGCAGCUGCCUGUGACGUCAGGAAACAAACAGAAAGUGCUUGGAAAAGCUCUAUCUCUAAUCCGUUUUCCACUAAUGACUAUUGAAGAGUUUGCAGCAGGUCCUGCUCAGUCUGGAAUUUUGUCAGAUCGGGAAGUGGUAAAUCUCUUUUUGCAUUUUACGGUCAAUCCUAAACCUAGAGUUGAUUAUAUUGACCGACCGAGAUGCUGCCUCCGAGGAAAAGAAUGCAGCAUAAACAGGUUCCAGCAAGUGGAGAGCCGUUGGGGGUACAGCGGAACAAGUGACCGAAUCAGGUUCACAGUUAAUAGAAGAAUUUCCAUAGUGGGAUUUGGAUUGUAUGGAUCUAUUCAUGGACCCACAGACUAUCAAGUCAAUAUACAGAUAAUUGAAUAUGAAAAAAAUCAAACACUGGGACAAAAUGAUACUGGAUUUAGUUGUGAUGGAACUGCUAAUACAUUCAGAGUUAUGUUCAAAGAACCUAUAGAAAUUUUGCCAACGGUCUCCUACACAGCUUGUGCAACACUCAAAGGUCCUGAUUCCCAUUAUGGUACGAAAGGAUUGAAGAAAGUAAUCCAUGAAUCUCCCACUGCUAGCAAAACCUGCUUUUCCUUCUCUAGUUCACCCGGUAACAACAAUGGUACAUCGAUAGAAGAUGGACAAAUACCAGAAAUAAUAUUUUAUACAUAAUUGCACAGAAUAGUUCAUCUCAGAUAAUGCAAGUAGCAAUGUAUAGACUGACAUUGGCAUAAAGUACUUGCUAUUGGUGGGAAUGAUUAAAUUCUAUGAAAUUACAUAAAUAUAUAAUCUCUCCAUGUGUACUAUGAAACUAGAACAUUUCUUAUAGGAGGUACCAGAAAAAUCUAUUUUUCUCUCCAUGAUUAUUGGCAGGAUAUCAAUAAGUUAACAGAUGUAGUUCCUUUUUACCUUCACAAAACAUUGAAAGUAAGAAGUACUCUAUAUUGUAAAGGUAUUUUAAACAUUAUCUUGUGUUUUGUUGGUUUAUUUACUUCCUGACUCCUUACAUUGUCUUCAGCAUUUGGUGAAAUUCUCCUUUGAUCUCCUUGUUUGUUAUGGAAUUUUGGUAUAUUAUUUUUCUUUAAAAAUGCAAUAGCUAUAUUACUUUGUCCCAGACUUGCAUUUCCCUCUAAAAUACUCUUGCAAUGACCAUUAUGGACUCAAGUGACAACUUUUUUUGUUUGUUUUUAAUUACAGCAACAAAACUGGAUUUAUACUUUUUUUAAUUAAAUGAGCCAUGAAGAAAUACCUGGGUUAACACUGUAAACAGUAUCUGGAAUUGUAUUAAAGAAAUAUAGCACAUACUUAUAGCUGAGAUCUGCAAUGUACAAUACUUCAAUGGUCUUGGUUUCAUUCAGAAAUGUGUAUUUUAUAGUAAUGUUCUGGAGCGUGUAAGUUGGUAUGGUGAUGACUAUUGUAUAUAAAUAUGCUUGCAAAAAUGUAUAAUGUGAAGAUAUGAAAAUACAAGACUUCUCUUAAUAGUAUUCUAGGACCUGGAUGCUCAAGCAUUAACCAACACUAAAAUCUUGAUCUGAUUUAACGUUAUCUGUUUGUGCAUUUAGUUCCAGAGAAUAUCUACAAGUGGGUAUGAGGCAGUGCAGCCAAUUGAAAGGUGCAAUAAAUGUACAUAGAUGAUCAGUCAGUAUACUGUGCAGCAUUCUCUGCAGUUGUUUAAACAGCCAAAGUGUGACAAUUCCCAUUCACUCCACAGGAUCCUGUACACUCCUACAAACCAUACCACAAGAAAUUAGUAUGGAGUUGAAAGAAAUGACUGUUUCCCUAAUGUUCUCAUUACUAGCAUAGGUAUGAUACAGUGUGUACACUUACUUUGACUUUAUUUAUAAUGCCACUAAUGUUAUCUGAGCAGAUAAAUAAGGAGUAUUUAGAUCAUAUAGUAUGUUUAUUUUAAAGUGAGCUUAAAAUAAGUGAAAUUCCUUAUCAUUUUUUGCUUGCACAAAAGUCUUGUAAUUUUUUAAAAAUACAUACAGUAACCACUGAGGUAGAAUUAGAGCAGCUUUAAAGUUGAAAUGGCAUUAAUAGCAAUGUAAGAGGACUUCAGUUAAACUAUGUAGUGUAAAUAAAGGUUCUUCAAAAAACGUGCAAUUCUUUAGUUUAAAUAAGCUUUUUUGUGGUUAAGUGAAAUGCAUGUCAGUUGAACUUAAAAGAAAAACUUCCUUUAGAUUGCUGUUCCUAGUGCCAUAUGUCUAGAUAUAGAUAUUUGAAGUCACUGAAGUCCUGUGACAUACUAAUAAACAGUUGUCACUGCCUUAGCCAAUAUAUAUUAGGCGAAAAGAGAAAUGCAACAGUAACUGUGUAAACCAUGACUUCUGUUACCUUUGUGCUCUUGAAUUUCACCUUUUUUGGUCUAACCUGUAUUUACAGGCCUGACAGCUAGAGCUGGGGAGAGCAUUCUACAGUUGCUUUCAAAUUAUACUGUCUUUUAAAAAUAAUUGGUGUACUGAUCAAUACACCUGAGCUGAGACUUACUGUAUUCAGUUCUUGAUCAUUACUACAAAGCUCUGCUGAGCCAAGGAGCUGGUAUUGGCUUGGUAGUUCUUUAGUUUGGUGGUGAGUAAUAAGAAUGGACCACAUCAGUUUUCUUUCAGACUUACCAUGUUAGGGUAUGGAAAACGGUGUGUGUCUAUUAGAUCUCUUUUUAAUUGUCCUUUAAAUCGUAAUAUUUUUAGCAGUGGUGAAUAUAAUUGGUAACAUGCAAGCAGCCAGCCUGCUAUGUAGAGGCAAAGACAUUAACAAAAGUGGGGUUUCCUUCUCUAGCUGCUGGAUGAAAAAAUGUUAGGCUGAUGUAGAAGAACUCACAGAAGCCUAAUUAUCAGGUUGGAAAUUUCCCUUCCUCCUUAGUGUUACUCUUAUUACUUACAAAGAUAAGUCAUUAAUAUGUACAGUUCAGGACUGGAGAAAAUGCAUCUAGAGUAGAACCAUAGGAUAAUGUUGAAUAUUCAGCAUUAGCCUACCUUGAAAUGUAACAAGCUAUUGAAAGAUGAAUCACUGAGAAAUGCUAAGAAAUCUCAUCUAGUUCUAUCAUGCUGACAGUAACUACUUAAAAAAUGUAUUUUCUUCAAUACGUAUUUCACUGAUAAUCUAUUGGCUGAAUUAUUUCUAUUUUCCUGUCUGGCAAGUGAUAAAUUACUUAAGUACAUUAUUUGGCACUGAAAGUAAAUAUAAGAGCUAAUGUGUCAUUUCUCCUAUGAAAGUCAUUAGUUAGCUUAAAAAACCUGACCAAAACAUCUUGUAAAGUGGGUUAUUAAAGUUUUCAGUAUUAUUUGUUCUAUUGCCCCAACUCUUAAGUGUAUGUAUCUUCUUGUGGUUCCUAACUGAAGAUCGCAAAAACAAAGGAAAAAUAACCCCUUAAAAGUUAAUGCAAAAUAGAGGGUUAACUAUUGAAUUAAAAAUAAAUCAAUGUAUGCCACUCACAAGUACUGUUUCUCAUACCUUUACUCUAAUGCUUGUCAUGGUCUGCUACUGAAAUAGUAAAUACCUCGUAGUUACCCACCUGAGUAUCUUUGUGCCAACUUUGACAAAUCCACUUGCAUCUAUUUUGUGAGUUAAAUGAUCAUGCAUGUAGAAUGCAAUAACAAAGUUGUGCUUACGUAUUCUAGAGGAAGCCUUUGGUGUAGAGGGAGUCAUCUUUCCUUUUAUUCUUUCCAAAUCUUCAAGGCUUAGCUGGUGAGUAGGAUAAAGACUAUUGCUAGUGAUCUUCUGGAUGAUUUGUUGAGGGUUGUUAGUAAGUUUUGCAGUGGUUCUUCUGUGACUAAUAUAGCUUCAUGCCUGCAUCAUAUAGGCAUUACAGUAGAAAAUUAAAACAUGUUUAAGCCUAUGAUUACUGCUACCUGGUAAUUAAAAUUUGUUUCCCACUUGUGCUCAUUUGGUAUGAGGUAAUCCUUGGGGUGGGCACCAGGCUUUAGUGCACUACCAAAGUGUCUUUCAUCUGAUAAAGUGCUUUAGAAAUGUUAAUUAAUUCAGCCUCUUUCUGCUUUUGUCACAGAUGCUAUAUGCCAGUUUUACAAAUGGGUAGACUGGUGCACAACCACUUGGUAUAGCAAACUCCUGCCAGCUUUGUAUUUAUUAUGCUGCACACCAUAACUCAUCUCAUGUCUUCACUUCUGUAGCCACCUCUUCCUUUCUAUCCUUGCUACUGUAAUCUUGCCUCCCUCAGGUCUAUUUAGAAUGCUUCUACUGCCUUUCUGUCUGUUACUCUGUCACCUUCCGCCCAUUCCACUGUCUUCUUUUUGUCCAACACCUUGUCUACAUUUGAGUUCCUUCAUGAGUUGGCUGUGCUUCACCUCCUUCCUCUGUUAACUUAUUGUGACUCCUACCUGUGCUCAACUAUCAUUCACAGUUUCUUACCACCUAUUAAUCAGCUUCUCUGAAAAAUGUUUACACUUUUUUUCCCUGGGCAAUCUUUUUCAAAUGCACCUUUUAAUGAUAAGUUUCAUUCCCUUCCCCUGGUCCCUGAUUUAGCCACUUGUAGACUGGAUUCCCUGAGUUAUAGACCAUCUUCCACCACUGAUAAGUUGACAGGCCUGACUGUAUUUAGCACCUACAAGAAACUUUCCCUAUGCAACCCUUCACCAGUGGCUGAAUAAAGUGACUCAAAACCAA